AUGGGCUAUGGUUUAUCGAUGGGCUCGUUAGGGUUUGAGUCGUGUCCGGACGGGCUGGCUCCCAAUCAAUCGAUCCGGAUCAAUACAACCGGAUCGAUUGAUUGGGAGCUAGCCUGUCCGGACACGAGUAAACCGGACUGA